ACUCUACCCAGAUAUUAUGAACCAGAUUACUAUUCGGUUCAAACAACCACGUCAGUUUUUCCCUAAUCUAUAUUGUCCCCAAAACACCUAUGCUCGUGACGGGGUAAAUCAUCAAACCCAUAAAUAACGAAAGCCGUUUUCCCCGAGCUUUUCUCCUCGCAGCUUGCGAAAAAGAUAUCUCAGGUGAAAGGAGCGAUUCCUCGCCGAGCUCGUGCAGUCGUGCUCUCCGUCAUCUCCGGAGAGGAGGCGUUUCUGCAUCAAACGGGAAGAAGCAAAGCUCGCUCGCGCCCUUUUUUCGCGGUUCAUAUAGCGCGCGGCUGCGGGCCGGGGCGGGCUCACACAACCACAGCGCGCUGGUCAGAUCUACGUGGGAGAGGGAGAUAGAGGAACCCCGGAACCGAGGGAUGGGGCCCGCCGUCGUCGCCGGCGAGGACAAGGGCGUGUCCGAGCUCCGAGAAAAACAUCGUGUGGACCUCGAGAGACUAACAAUGACGUCGCAACCAUUUAAGACAUCGGCAUUUUUUGUGUUAGCCAUUGCUCAGAGUUUGGGAAGAACAUGUUCAUCUGUUCUGAAGAAAGGUUCUCGGUUGAAAGUUGUGUUUCUUUUGGUUGUUGCUACCUGGGGUCUACUCUUGUUCACUGCUGGCCCACAUGAAAAGCAUGUACAGGAAUUACUUUGGUAUGUCAGAUUUGGACUCUGGUGGAUCAUACUAGGGGUCGCUUCAUCCAUUGGAUUAGGUUCUGGUUUGCACACUUUCGUAUUGUAUUUAGGUCCCCAUGUUGCCCUAUUUACUAUCAAAGCAGUUCAGUGUGGUAGGGUUGAUCUAAAGAGUGCUCCUUAUGACACUAUUCUCCUUAAAAGGAUGCCAUCAUGGCUAGACAAAGACUGUCUGGAGUUUGGAGCCCCUAUAUAUCAGGAAACAAUUCCAUUCAGCAAAAUACUGCAGAAAGUUUAUCUCGAAGCUGUUCUUUGGGGCAUUGGAACUGCACUAGGAGAGCUUCCUCCAUAUUUUCUCUCAAGAGCAGCUAGCAUGUCAGGCCGCAGAAUAGAUGAGUUAGAAGAUUUCAAUGCUCCUGUUUCAGAAGGCUUUCUGUCAUCAACUUUACAUCGGGCCAAGCAAUGGAUCAUGUCUCAUCUAAGCUUCGCUGUAAUCUUGCUACUUGCUUCGGUGCCAAACCCUCUGUUUGACCUAGCCGGUAUACUGUGUGGACAAUUUAACAUACCUUUCUGGAAAUUUUUUCUAGCAACUUUGAUUGGAAAGGCUAUUGUUAAAGUUUGUCUCCAGACAACAUUGGUGAUUACUCUCUGCAACAACCAACUUUUUGAUUUGGUGGAGAAAAGGCUUAUAUGGGCAUUUGGCAUUGUCCCUGGAGUGGCAUCCGUCGUUCCCUCUUUAGUUGCCAAGCUGAAGACGGCCAAGGAUAAGUUCUUAUCAGCUCAUGUUGCUGCAUCAGCUUCUAUUGCUGUAAAGGGAAAGUGGAAUCUGUCAUUCACUUUGAUCUGGAACACUGUUGUUUGGCUCAUGGUCAUAAACUUCAUUAUCCAGAUAGUUACUUCUUCAGCACAGGGUUAUCUUAGAACACAGCAGCAGCUGGAGAUCAGUAAAAAGUUGUCAGAGACCAAACUUUCUGCCUCUGAACCUUCUUCUCGCUAAUCCAAAUGAUUCAACCUGGAUGAUCAAUCUGAUUUGUUCAUUUGUGUGUAUACUUAUAUUGAGUUUAGCGAGGAAACUUGCAUGAAGAAUGUGGUAACUGAUUUGGGAAAUUCAAAGGAUUGUCACCAAUAGUCUGCUGCUACUUCUUCUGGAAAGAGCAUUGAUACAUUGUACAUAACCACCCCAUCAAGCCAUCAGUGCAAGAUUGAGGCUCUCCUGCACUAUUGCGGAGCACUACUUAUUGCUGUAUUUCAUUGAAAACCUCGAAAGAGAAAAGUUUUACUAGUUGAUAAUGUAAAGUCGCCCAGCUAAUUGUGGCCUUCUGUACAUAGCAACCAAGAUAUUAUAAGUGAAAAAGGACUGGAAAAAUAUCAAUUAUAUAAAUUAUGCCUUCAUUGCUGA